AAAAGGUGUAAAAAUUUAACUUUUACAAAAAUAAAAGCUGUUUGUUAUAAAAUACUAUCUCGGAUUGCGGAUAAAAAUUAAAACAGAUUAGAAAAAAGGCUCCAGAAAGUUGAGUGCUGCAUUGUUGUAUAAAUUUCGUGAAAACUGAACAAUGGCGGAUCCUCUUAGUCUGCUUCGCCAAUACAACAUAAACAAAAAAGAAAUUAUCGAACGUGAUAAUCAGAUAAUUUUUGGAGAAUUCUCUUGGCCGAAAAGCGUGAAAACAAACUACCUAAAAUAUGGUUCUGGCAAGAAAGGAGCGCCACGCGAAUAUUACACGUUGGAAUGUUUACUAUAUCUGCUCAAAAAUGUUAUGCUCCAGCACUCGGUGUACGUGCGACAAUGUGCUGCGGAAGAUAUACCGGCAGUCAAUCGUCCCGAUCGUAAAGAGCUGCUCGCCUACCUUAACGGAGAGACUUCAACAUGCGCCAGCAUCGAUAAAAGUGCGCCUCUUGAAAUACCCACACAAGUGAAACGCCCAGCUGAUGGAGAUGGCCCAGGUGGUGAUUCGCUGGCAAAAAAAGCACGCUUCGAAGAUACGCAAGUGCAGAAGGUACGUGAGCAGCUGGCCGCACGUUGGGAUGUCAACAAGAAGGAGACUACCGUCAAUAUUGAUAAUAUCAAGUCACUGUCGGAAACCAUGUCCGUGGAGAAGAUUGCAGCCAUAAAGGCAAAACGCUUGGCCAACAAACGAACCACCAUUAAGCGAACGGAUAACGAAGAUACCAUGGCUACAGAUUUACGGGCCAUUCUUGAUUACGAUGUCGACUCAACCAAACAUAUAAUAAGUCGUGAGCGACAAUGGCGCACGCGCACAACGAUUUUACAAAGUGCGGGCAAAAUGUUUGCCAAGAAUAUCUUCGCCAUACUUCAAGGCAUAAAGGCACGUGAGGAAGGACGAAAUAGACCAGCCGCACAGCAAACAAUUAAAAUGCCAGAACCUGCACGUAUCGCUAAACCGCAACCACAGUUGACGCAAUACAAUCGUUAUGAUCAGGAGCGCUUCAAUAGGCAAAAGGAAGAAACUGAGGGCUUUAAAAUCGACACGUUGGGUACUUACCAUGGCAUGUCACUGAAAUCGGUGACUGAAGGUUCGUUGGCACAACGAAAAGCGAAUAUGGCGCCACAAAUUCCUGGUCGUCCGAAAGAGCUUCUGCCUACUGCACAGGCUCGCCAAGUUGCGCCAUCAACACAGAAACGAGUCUCACGUACUCCUAUUAUCAUAAUACCCUCAGCCAAUACCAGCCUCAUUACAAUGUACAAUGCCAAGGAUGUACUGCAGGACUUGAAAUUUAUCUCGACUGAAGAUAAAAAGCGUGCAGGGGGCACACGCGACAACGAAGUAUUACUGCAGCGCAAACGCAAUAAUCAAACUGUGCCCUAUCGUAUUAUCGAUAAUCCUCAGAAACUUUCAGCUCUAGAUUGGCAGCGUGUCGUGGCAGUGUUCGUUCAGGGGCCUGCUUGGCAGUUUAAAGGUUGGCCUUGGGAUGGCAAUCCUGUGGAAAUUUUCUCCAAAAUUUGCGCUUUUCAUUUGCGCUUUAGCGAACUAAAGCUCGAUGCAAACGUGGCAAAGUGGUCAGUUACAGUGUUGAAUCUUUCACAGAAUAAGCGCCAUUUAGAUCGUGCUGUACUUAUGACAUUUUGGGAGACUUUGGAUAAGUACAUGGCAAAGAACAAGCCAGAUCUUAGGUUUUGAAGCUCUUGCAAAGAGCCUAGCUGCGAAAUCAAUCUUUAUCCAUGUUGCACCAUACUACAAUUUACGCUUGCGCUACAAAUGGAGAGUUGUUUAUUCGGGGUUCUAAUUUUCAAAUAGCAAUUAGUUAGUAGUUCAUUUAUUUUAAAAUAAUCUCGAAAAUAUAAUCAAUGCAUUAUCACUGUCGAUAAAAUUUAAUAUAUGUUUUGCUGCUCACGUCGCGUUUUAACGCUCAGUACGUUAUCGUCGCUCAAUUGUUGUUUGGUAACGUAGUAAUAUGUAUGUAUGUAUAUGCAAAAAAAAGAGCAGUGUCAUUACAGACAAUUAUUUCGUUUAUGCAAACUGCAUCUUCUGUAAAAUAAAAAUGUAUACAAAAAUA